GCCGUCUGACGGAGGGGGAGGGGCCAGCGCCACAUGCGGGGAUGCUGAGGAAGUAGAGGGGGAGAGGAGAGCUCGGCAUCGACCGCGAGGAGACAUCAGCGUCCGCGUCAAAGAGGAGGAGGCGGAGAUCCCCGCUUGUCCGUUUCCACGGGGGCCACAGCAGCUUCCACAAUGGGCUGCUGGCUCUCUGGACCGUGGGUGGGCGACCCGGCGCUGACCAGUGGGCGGAGCCUGUCACACCUGAGCCAGCGUGAUGCUCUGCGCAUCCUGAAGGCGAGUCAGCUUCCUGUCACCAUGCAGGUCAAGACUCAGAGGGGCCGCGACACGGACGGGGCGGCCUGGGAGCGCCUCCCCCUCAACCUGCAGCACCUGAACCUGCCCAUGAUGGGGGCGGGGCUUAAUGCCACAAGCCCCUCCUACCAGGAAAGGCAUUAUUACAACCACUUGUCCCUGCCACAAGAUCACUGCGACGGAGGACACUACGGCUACAUCUCCGGCUCCCAGAGAGACACCGUGGACAUCAACCAUCAGGAUGCGGAAGUGAGCGGCCAUCGAGCUAAGGAGCAGAGCUGCCUGAUGGGAUGUUGCAACGUCGGUCCGGACGAGCCCAAAGGCUACCACAGCCAGACGGACGAUGACGACUUCAUGCUGGAGAAGCCUCUGGGCUUCCUGCCCCUCCACCACGAGCUGGACAGCGGUCUGGGCUGGACCGAUGGUUCCCUCCACCAAGGCGACCUCUCGGGCAUGGAGACCGAGGAGGCGGGGCUUGAGGACUGCCAUCCCCACGGAGCCCCGGGCCACGGGGGCUGCGGAGCCUUCGGAGGCGGGGGCUCCCCUUCCUCCGAGUCCUUCAUCUCCUCGGAGCUCAGCGACUCUGGCUUCUACAGCGUCAGCACCGGGGAGUUCCGCCACUUCCAGAGGAUGCUGGAGAAACGGAUGCGGCUGUACAACGCUCGGCUGCAGCAUCAGGGAGAAACGUGCGAGAGGAGGGAGCGGCGCGACAGCUGCCCAAUGAGCCACCGCGAGCUGCUGGAGGCCAUUCCGGAGACGCUGAGUAUGCAGCCGCCGUGUCAGCGCUUGCAGUUGGGCAUGGAGGAAACCACGGGGCCCGUGUUGGACAUCCCAACAGGGGGCCUGUUCAGGGUGUCAUCAGUCCAGUUCCACAAAACGGAUCGGCCCUGUCUGAACCGUCACAGCUCAAGCAGCGGCGCCCUCUUUAACCCCUCCCACGCGCACGCACCGGCGUCACGAAUGAGCGUCCCAGCCCUCUCCACCUGCAGUACCCCCUCCAGCCACCGGAGGCCUCUAGCACCUAUGCAGCAGCACCAUCAAGGCUCCAGCUCCGUUGGAAUGCUGAGGAGAAGCCGUACGCUGCACCAUCGUCCACCAACGCAGGAAUACCGGCGCCGGGCCAGUCAUCCGGCGUCCCCCUCCUACUGCGCAGCCACCCUGCACCACUGUGGGGGGGUCACGCCACAUAGCGUCUUGCAACCGGGCCUACCGGAGGAGACAGAGCUGGUAGCAGACGAGAUGGUUUCACACCCAGCAGACCUGUCACCACAACAGCACCCCUUGGGUCAUAUCAGGGGUCCCUGCUACAAUAGCAACCCGAACGGCCAGCUCACUCACCACGACUGGUGGCACGCGCAACAAAUGGGGUUGAUCACCGACCCGGUGGUGGCGGAACGGGACCAAGAAAUGGAACUGGAACAGAACAGGCAAAUGGAGACUCUAGAGAGGGAAGCGCAGAUUCAGGAGGAAGUGGACCGAGAGAGACAGCAGGAGAUGCAAAGGAGCCGGAGCAGAGAGCAACAGCACCUGCAGAGCGUGAUGCAACCUGUCCAGCCGGGGGACGUCAACGACACAUGGCCUAAACCCGCCAUCCGCCAGUCGCAGUGUGGCGGAGGAUGUCGAGGUCUUUACAGCACCCUGGAGGGCCACACAGGGACUGGCUCUAUCAUUGGUCUGGAUGCAAAUAAAGAACAAUUGGAUGCACAGCCAAGCCCUAACCCUUCCUCCGGGCUACACACCAAAAUGAACCCUUGCUCUAAAGCCAACAUGACUUCUCGGAUCUCCAGGAACCAGUUCCUGAGGGACCGGGCCUCUCAGCUGGCUGACGAGCGCAGCGGGAUGAGCACGGACGACGAGACCAACACGGACAUGCUGCUAGGUCGAUACUGGAGCCGAACGGAGAGAAGGGAACACUUCCUGCUCGCCCGCGAGCAGAAGCAGCAGCAGGCAAGAGGAGGGGGUGUGCGCGAGGUCUCCAGCAGGGGUGGCGCCCCCGCCGCCGAGCGAGGCGGGCCGGACGGCCGAGCAGGUGGCGCUUCCACAGAAGGACGGUGCAGUACGGUCCUGGAGCUGAGUCAGAGGAAGCUGAGUCGGCUGAGGAAUCGGAAGAUGUUGGACGAUUGGACGACCGUGGAGGAGCUGCUGACUCACGGGACCAGGCUGGACAGCCAGGACCACCCAAUGAUCUGUGCCAGCCCCCUGCUGACCGUCACCACCGUCUGACCGCACGGACGCACAUUUCACUGUCCAACACAUCCGUGUCCAAGACUGUCAAAGACUUGUCUUUUGGAAGCAUGCGGAGCAAAUAUAUUUCUAUCACCUUUUGUCACCGUUCACAAUUAUUAGGACAAUAAUGUUCAACACAGGUGCACAUUUACCUUGACUCCUUCUCACUGGGUCCUUACGAAAGUCAAGUUGUGUAACGCCGAUUCAUUUCAUAGAAAAGUUGUAUCAUCAUUGGAUUAACGCUCAAUGACUUGCGGACAAAGUUGCGCCCAAAGAUGUUUUUGUUUAUUGCGACCGUCUUUUUCAAACAAUCUCGCUCAAAUUUCCCACACAUGUGCUUGUCAUUCCCCUGAAAAAGUGUGCCAAACUUCUUUGCAAUUCGACCAAACACCGUAAAGUUACAGCCGGUAUGACUCACAGGGACUGAUUAUUAACGACCCCCACCAGGUGGUGUAUUUGUCAGGUAAAUAUGAACGAAACGAAACAAGGUGUGUUUUCUUUUACAGUACGGGCCUGAUUUACUGAAGGUGUGCGUGUUAUGACCCGCUACCCGGAUCAUAUUCUGUUUACGUUGUCUAAGUCACUUGUGUUUUCAGCACCUCUUGAUUUUGUUUGUCUCAGUUGCCAUGGAUUCCGCACCACUGUAACGACCGGGUCGCAUCGUGGUGCGGAAUUCGUUUUUCUAGGAAUGCAGACAGGUUUUGGACACAGCGUGAAGGUAGGAACAAAUGAUUUAUUUAGAAAUAAAUCAGACUUAAACAAAGGAAAACGUGCUCAUAGCACUUAAGGCAAAACACUAAAAGAGCUAGCAUGGGAGCUAGAACAUAAAGAGCCUAGCGUGGAAGCUAGCAGGUAGCGAGCAGGAAACAGACGUCGUCACUUGUACGAAAACAAACUAGGAAGCCAGACCGAGUGAGGCCAAGGCAUAACAGGUUCGCGUCCCGAGAACUAACCAGAGGCAGGUGAAUGUAAUUUGCCGUCAUGGCAACUGAGACAAACAAAAUCAAGAGGUGCUGAAAACACAAGUGACUUAGACAAUGUAAACAGAAUAUGAUCCGGGUUGCGGAUCAUAACAGUGCGUGUACUAAAUCACGUGCAAACUUGAAAGCGCACGCAAAGCCGAUCUACUUAACGUAAUCUGUCUUCAUUAAUAUGCAAAAUAUAUGUGGAUCGUCGGAACGGCCACGAUACUGGGAAGUGAAAAUGCAAACAUAAAUAUUUAGCACACGCAGCCUGAUUUUCUAAACGAGCAAGUGAUUGCGGCGCCUAAAUUAGCGUCUUUAUUUAGCAUUUCUGAAACGCCCGUGCAAACAGGAUCAGUGUCAACGCUGCAAAGACAGAAUCCUCGGUCCUUCAUAUUUGACUGUCCGAAACAAAAAUAAUAAUAAUAAAGUAAUUGGACAUAUUGUCUAUUCAGCAACAUCUGUUUAUCAUUUUAAAAUGCAUGCUGGGCGUAUCUUAAGGAGCGGAAUAGAAAAUGAAGUGAAUUAGUGAGUUCUAUUUAUAUAGCACUUUUUCUCUAGUGACUCAAAGCGCUUUACAUAGUGACACCCAAUAUCUAAGUUACAUUUAAAGCAGUGUGGGUGGCACUGGGAGCAGGUGGGCAAAGUGUCUUGCCCAAGGACACAACGGCACUGACUAGGAUGGCAGAAGUGGGAAUCGAACCUGGAGCCCUCAAGUUACUGACACGGCCACUCUACCAACCGAGCUAUACCGCCUGGACUAAUCGAAUUGAUGCGUUUUUAUCGACUAUAUAUUACUAACAUAUCUCGUGUUGCCGGUUUGGUGGCUGCAGGAUUAGGUCUCUGCUUUUGGCGGAUGAUGUGGUCCUUCUAGCUUCAUCCGGCCAGGAUCUUCAGCUCUCACUGGAUUGGUUAACAGCUGAGUGUGAAGCGACUGGGAUGAAAAUCAACACUUUCAUGUCCGGGUCCAUGGUUCUCACCCGUAAAAAGGUGGAGUGCCAUCUCCGGGUUGUGGAGGAGAUUUUUCCCCAAGUGGAGUAGUUCAGGCCCCUCUGGGUCUUGUUCACGAGUGAGGGAAGAGUGGAUUGUGAGAUCGACAGGCGGAUCGGUCUGCAGUAACACGGACACUGCAUCGAUCCGUUGUGGUGAAGAAGUAGCUGAGCCGGAAGGCAAAGCUCUCAAUUUACCAGUCGAUCUAUGUCCUCAUCCUCACCUAUGGUCAUGAGCUUUGGGUUAUGACCGAAAGGACAAGAUCGGGCAGAAAUGAGUUUCCUCCGUCGGGUGACGAGGCUCUCCCUUAAAGAUAGGGUGAGAAGAUCCUUGGUCACAAAACAGCCUGGAUCUUGCGUCAGGUCCUGCUUCCUCUCUGCUUUGUAGAUCUCGGGUCAAGACAAGAUAUUCCUGUGGAUCACAAUAGAUCAGAGAAACUGACACCUUCAUGUCGCUUCCCAUCAUCCACAGUGGAGUUUUACAAGCCUUUUGCUUGAUAAGAUCAAAGACAGCUUUUUUCAUCUUGCCGGGAACUUAUGGAAACAGAAAGUUUUGUGAUACCGUAUUUCCUUGAAUUUCCGCCAGGUAUAUAGUAUGUGCCUGCCUAGAAUUACUGCCGGGUCAAACUCGUUUCGCGAAAUAAUUAACGCAUGCUUAGUAUUACCAGCGACUCAGGAUUAACGCCGGGUCAAACUCGUUUGGCAAAAUAUUAUUUUUAUUAGCGCAUGUCUAGAAUUUCCGCCGGGUCAAACUCGUCACGUCACGAGUGACACUUCACCUGUCAUCAUUUUCAAAAUGGAGGAGGCUGAUUUCAAUCAUUUGAAAUCGCAUAAAGAGAAGAAGAUUAAAAGCUAUUCAGUAGGAUUUAAGGUCCAAGCUAUUGAAUAUGCUAAAAAGAACAGUAAGCAGCUAUGUUUUGUUAAUAUACCGUAGCUGCGUGUGUCAAAUAUGAGUCAUUAAAUGACUCCCGCCUCCUGGUGGUAGAGGGCGCUAGUGAUCCUUCUUGCGACUACUCGGCUGCAGAAGAAGUGACAAAAAGCAGUUAGAGUGAGCAGCGAUCGUUUAUUUUUUCCCCUCGCUUGCACUUUUAACAUGGAGGAUUACAUAUCUAAAAUAAAACCGUUUUCUAAACUGGACUUUCAAUCGAAGCAGGAGGUAAUAAAGGAAUAUCUCCAUCGAGACGGAGAGACUUUUAAAACUGAAGAAAGAUAAGGAAGACUUCUAUAAACAACUUAUCGAUGCUUUUGAUCAGAAGGAGCUCCGCAUGGACUUCAUUUAUAAGUAAAAGUAAGACCAUAAUAACACUUUUUUAAUUAAAUCUGCUUUUCAUGAUGGUAUCCUUACAUCACACUUAAAUUUAUAAGCGCAGGCCUAAAUUUACCGCAUGCCUUUGGUAAACGCCGGAGUGAGAAGAGUUUUUAAAUUAAUUAGCGCCCGGGCGGCAAUUCAAUGAAAUACGGUAACUUACAUACAAUCAUUCUGACACCCCCCCAACCCCGGAGUCGGAGAAUGUGCUUGCCAGCAACUGAUUAAAAAAGCAAAGGCGGAUGAAGAAAAGGCGGCAAUUGUGUGAGCUGUCUGUGUGAAAGACGUCGUUGGUCUUGCGACAAAAGUGGAAGGAAAUUGGCUGAACUUUGUUUUGAUUUAGGUGUGUGUGUGUGUGUGUGUGUGUGUGUGUGUGUGUGUGUGUGUGUGUGUGUGUGUGUGUGUGUGUGUGUGUGUGCGUGUGUGUGUGUGUGUGUGUGUGUGUGUGUGUGUGUGUGUGUGUGUGUGUGUGUGUGUGUGUGUGUGUGUGUGACUGCAGUCCGUCACCUCCAAUGAUAGCUUUAUGUGCGGGUCACUGUACAGCACUGCUACGACACUAAUGUAGAAAGGGGAAAGGCCAAAGUGGUUUGAAGCACUGACGCUCGUUACUCUCAGAGACGACAUUUUACAGGACAAUGUUUAGAUGUCACGAUGCGUCGGACUCGCGUCGCCACGGGGAACCGUUGUUAGACGACCAGUCCCCCCGUCAUACAGGAGUAUAACGAGGAACUCUGCCUCGAGCACAUGUGUAUCUCUCCACGGCGCCCUCUUCCUGCAGGCUGUCGCUUGUUUACACAAGUACCUGCCCGCGUGUUUACUGACUGGAAAACAAACAAAAAAAAGACACGCCUCAAGACUCAAGCUGGUCUAAACUGCUGCAUGGACCGUGAUCACGUGGACCUGUGCCCACAGUGCCGGGUCUACACCGGAGGAUCAAGUGCAAUAAUACCUCAGUCUCAGUGUUGGAGGCGCUAGCUAUCCAUCCAGUCAACGAGUCUUUGAAUAUUACAAACCCUGUUUCUAUAUGAGUUGGGAAAUUGUGUUAGAUGUAAAUAUAAACAGAAUACAAUGAUUUGCAAAUCCUUUUCAAGCCAUAUUCAGUUGAAUAUGCUACAAAGACAACAUAUUUGAUGUUCAAACUCAUAAACCUUUUUCUUUUUUGCAAAUAACAUUAACUUUAAAUUUGAUGCCAGCAACACGUGACAAAGAAGUUGGGAAAGGUGGCAAUAAAUACUGAUAAAGUUGGAGGAAUGCUCAUCAAACACUUAUUUGGAACAUCCCACAGGUGUGCAGGCUAAUUGGGAACAGGUGGGUGCCAUGAUUUUUUUGUCCCAAAAAAUGCUCAGUCUUUCACAAGAAAGGAUGGGGCGAGGUACACCCCUUUGUCCACAACUGCGUGAGCAAAUAGUCAAACAGUUUAAGAACAACCUUUCUCAAAGUGCAAUUGCAAGAAAUUUAGGGAUUUCAACAUCUACGCUCCAUAAUAUCAUCAAAAGGUUCAGAGAAUCUGGAGAAAUCACUCCACGUAAGCGGCAUGGCUGGUAACCAACAUUGAAUGGCCGUGACCUUCCAUCCCUCAGACGGCACUGUAUCAAAAACCGACAUCAAUCUCUAAAGGAUAUCACCACAUGGGCUCAGGAACACUUCAGAAAACCACUGUCACUAAAUACAGUUGGUCGCUACAUCUGUAAGUGCAAGUUAAAGCUCUACUUUGCAAAGCCAAAGCCAUUUAUCAACAACAUCCAGAAACGGCGCCGGCUUUUCUGGGCCCGAGAUCAUCUAAGAUGGACUGAUGCAUAGUGGAAAAGUGUUCUGUAGUCUGACGAGUCCACAUUUCAAAUUGUUUUUGGAAAUAUAUGUCAUCGUGUCACCCGGACCAAAGGGGAAGCGAACCAUCCAGACUGUUUUCGACGCAAAGUUCAAAAGCCAGCAUGUGUGAUGGUAUGGGGGUGCAUUAGUGCCCAAGGCAUGGGUAACUUACACAUCUGUGAUGGCACCAUUAAUGCUGAAAGGUACAUACAGCUUUUGGAACAACAUAUGCUGCCAUCUAAGCUCCAUCUUUUUCAUGGACGCCCCUGCUUAUUUCAGCAAGACAAUGCAAAGCCGCUUUCAGCACGUGUUACAACAGCGUGGCUUCAUAAAUAAAGAGUGCGGGUACUUUCCCAGUCCAGACCUGUCUCCCAUGGAAAAUGUGUGGCGCAUUAUGAAGCGUAAAAUACGACAGCGGAGACCCCGGACUGUUGAAGGACUGAAGCUCUACAUAAAACAAGAAUGGGAAAGAAUUCCACUUUCAAAGCUUCAACAAUUAGUUUCCUCAGUUCCGAAACGUUUAUUGAGUGUUUUUAAAAUAAAGGUGAUGUAACACAGUGGUGAACAUGCCCUUUCCCAACUACUUUGGCACGUGUUGCUGGCAUCAAAUUCUAAGUUAAUUGUUAUUUGCGAGAAAAAAUAAAGUUUAUGAGUUUUAACAUCAAAUAUGUUGUCUUUGUAGCAUAUUCAACUGAAUAUGGCUUGAAAAAGAUUUGCAAAUCAUUGUAUUCUGUUUAUAUUUACAUCUAACACAAUUUCCCAACUCAUAUGGAAACAGGGUUUGUAUCUAGGAGACGGACUUGAAGAAAACAAACUUUUUUUCUUUUUUUUUUUUUUUUGCACAUCAUUUUUGAUACAAAGUGUUUCUCUCCCAGGGACCGAGGCCAGUGAAACAACUGUAGAUAGAACGGUGUGUGUUGAUGUUUUAUUUAUCUACUAUCAUAGUUAUUUAUGGAAGAAAAAUGAUUUUUAUUGUCAACGUGUUUUGAACAUAUUUGGAUAUUUUUGUUGUACUUGUUUUAUCCUUAGGAUUGAUGCACAUGUUACCUGGAAGCUGGUGAUUUAUUCUGAUUUACAGUAGCUUUUUUUUUUUUUUUUUUAACAUGAAGACAAAUUGUGAAUAUUCUUGUCUCUUUAAAGGCUGAAUUAAAUU